AUGGUAAUUGCAGUUGGUUCAAAUCCAAUCAUACAAGAAGAUUUCGACGUUUGGAGCGACAAUAUUACCAGCAGCAACAAUAAUAGAAUUCCGAAAGUGUUGAACUUCUUUCCGAUUCCGGUGGAGGAGGAAUGCAAAGCGAACGACGGAAGACGUACAGGAGUGUGCAUGAACACCUACGAGUGUCGGAUGCAAGGAGGAACGUCUCAUGGUUCUUGCGCUCUUGGAUUCGGAGUGUGCUGUGUUUUUAAAGCCACUUGCAAUCAGGACGUUUUCAAUAAUCUCACGUACUUCGUGAAUCCGCAUUUCCCCGACUUGACGCACUCGAUGAGCUCCAACUGCGAGUUGAAGGUGAAGAAAAUUGACCCGGAAAUCGCGCAGAUUCGUUUAGAUUUCAUCCACUUCAAUCUAGGUCAACCCAACAGGAGGACAGGUGUUUGCGAAGAAGACACUUUCGUGAUGGCCGGAGGAAACGCUACCGCUUUGACCAUGUGCGGCUUAAACAGCGGUCAGCACGUGUUUUUCGAUGUGGAGAACGUGAACGAGGCGAUAAGUAUAAACAUGGUGCUGGGAAAGAGGUCGGUGAGUAGGCUGUGGGAAGUGAGGAUCACGCAGAUUCCAUUCGCGCAGCGCGCCCCGAUCGGAUGUCUUCAGUAUCACACCGGACCCAAAGGUAGGAUACAGACUCUGAACUUUGCGGAUAACGGGAGACGACUGGCGAAUCAGGAUUACAACAUCUGCACGAGACAGGAGACUGGAAUGUGUUCCAUCGCGUACGAGCCUUGCGACGAUAACUCCUUCAGGAUAGGUCCGAAUCCGAUCGAUGGAACGUCUGCGAUCAAUUUGAAUCAGAUGGGAGUUGUUAAUGAUCCCAUGGCUGCUGCUGCUACCAUGUCUGGAGGAACUUCAGCAGGAACUCAAGCAGGAUCAACUGCAGCGGAUAUGGGAGAUCUUCAGGACGUGGGUUCCGGCGACGGAGCGGACAUCGAUAUGCCAUCAAUUACAAGCAACAUCCAAAGUCGCAUGAUGGAAAUCUGCACGGACAAAAUCGUGAUGCCGUGCGAUUCCGAAGACCUUUUGAUGCCCGUAGAUUCCGGGACAGGAUUCUGCAGCCUCGCGCAUUGCGGAAGCUCUCUAUGUCCGAACGGAGAAUCGCCGUGCAGAGUGGAGAGUUCCGUCACUCCUUUCACCAUCGGCGUUCAAUUCGGUCCAUCAGCAAGAGACGAUUCACCCGAAGACAAUCUCGGCAUGUGCUUAAACUACGAACAAUUACCAUGCCUAGUUUGACAGAAACAGAAAACACAGCAAAAUUAACCACGCUCAGGUGCAAAUUCUAAACUUAUUAAUUUGCAAUUUAAUUACGUC